CGACUCCAGGACAGGCCGCUCUGGGCCAUACAGAAGGACGCUCUCAAGAAAAAGUUCCCAGAAGGCUGGGCGCCGCGCAAGAAGCUGUCCCCAGAUGCGCUCAGUGGUAUCCGAGCUCUGCACCAGCAGUUCCCAGACAUGUACACGACGGAAACGUUGGCGAAUAAAUUUGAGGUCUCUCCCGAGGCCAUCCGCCGGAUCCUGAGAGCCAAAUGGGAGCCCAGUGCGGAGGAGGAGGAGGACCGCCAGCGCCGAUGGUACAACCGCGGCGUGGCCGUCUGGGACAGAUACGCGGCGCUCGGCAAGAAGCCACCCAAGAAGUGGCGCGAUGCAGGCAUUGCCCUCAGGCCCUGGGGUGGCCUGAAGUCCUGGGAUCGUGAACCUCGCACGUCGGACAGAGACUACUCAGGAGAGGAU